UAGUCGCCCAGCGUGCUAUAGUAGGCAUUAGUAGUGUCCACUACAACGUCCCAGUCUCAUAUGAAGUACCCCAAGCGCCGAGGAGUCACGUGUGUAGAUGACGUCACACUCCUGCUCCUAGAGCCAUGCAGACGUGUAUGCUGCAGGGUGCAGGGGACCCCAGUACUGUAGAGGAAGCUGCAGACUGCGUCCACUGACAUGGAAAUGUUUGCGCAUUUGACAACUCCGAGCACAGACAAAAUAAAAAAGUCCAUGGACAGCUUGCUGCAGUUUUUACAGAUGACUACACAAAUCUCUGGGGCUCACACUGUCGAGUUUUAUACUCAAGAUAUUUGGAAGAACCUUGUGGCCGUUUCUCCUGAAUCUGUCCUUUCAAUCUUUAGUCAGCAAAAGCCUCAUCAUGAAUAUAGAGAGGCUCCAGACAUAUCCAGUAUAUUUUCUCCAGCUACUAAGCAACUGGUGAACUUGGAAUCAUUUGUAGAAGCCGCUCAGUACAACUCCCUAAUGAGUUUGGGCUUGUGCACUCCCGUUGAUGAACUAUUCGAAACCUUUGCAGCCCAAAGGGCCAGAAAGCCUGAUUCCUGCACUAUAUCGAACCGUAUCAUUGCAUUACAUGAUCUGUCUUCAGAACACGUCAAGCUUCUGUACGAGCAGCUAUACGCUAUUGAUUUACUGGCAACAAUCAAGCAAAAGUGUCCAGUGAAAGAGGCUCCAGACAUAUCCAGUAUAUUUUCUCCAGCUACUAAGCAACUGGUGAACUUGGAAUCAUUUGUAGAAGCCGCUCAGUACAACUCCCUAAUGAGUUUGGGCUUGUGCACUCCCGUUGAUGAACUAUUCGAAACCUUUGCAGCCCAAAGGGCCAGAAAGCCUGAUCACAAAAUAAAAACGGACCAGUUCAUGAACGAUAAAAAGUCGCACGAAGUUGUUUUAAUGUCACAGCUUGUAGAAGCCCUAACAAAUGUCUAUGGUGUGAAACAGGUCAUAGACGUGGGAGCUGGAAAAGGUUAUUUAAGCUCAUAUUUAUCCAUGCACUAUGGCCUAAAAGUUUAUGGGAUUGACUCUUCUCAUAUCAAUACAGAUGGAGCCAACAAGAGAAACCGGAAAUUGAAAAAAUAUUGGCAAGUCUAUAAAACUGAUGCCAGAACCACUUCAAAGGCAAAGAAAUCUGACCAGAAGAAAGAAGGUUUAUUGCUGAAGAACUCUUCUCAAGAUGUGAUUGCUGAUCAAGACAUUUCAAGACAAAGAAGGAGUGCUAUACGAUGCACAGGACUGUCCAAUUCAGAGUCAGACUACUCCAAGUGGACUAGUAAUGAGGAAAGCAAUCAAGUCACGGAAAAUACAGAGUCGGAUAAUUCUUCCGACUCUACGUUUUCAUUUUUAGACAUCUUACCUGCUGGAGCUGUUGAAGUGCCCUCAAUGUCACAAAGCAUUAGCAAAGUUCUCAGCGAACAAGAAAAAGAGCAAAGGAAGAUGGAGAACAUAAAGGCCAAAAAAUUCACGGAGUCCCAUGUUUAUUCACCCCUCACAUCCUAUGUCACUGCUGACACUGAGCUUCAUGACAUAAUUGCUGAUCUAGAGAAAUCUAUUAUGGUCGGGCUACAUACAUGUGGCGAUCUUGCCCCAAACACCCUGCGGAUUUUCAUUUCAAAACCAGAAAUUAAAGCCGUAUGCAGCGUCGGUUGCUGUUACCAUUUCCUUUCAGAACAGUUUGAUCCCUUAGAAGAAGAACAGACGGAGGGAUCGUGGGGGUUUCCAAUGAGUCAGUAUUUGAAGGAGAGAAGCUGGCACGUUGGCCGGAACGCUAGGAUGUCCGCUUGUUUGGCUUUGGAGCGUGUUGCGGUCGGCCAAGGGCUUCCUACUGAGUCCUUAUUUUAUCGAGCAGUAUUUCAGGUCAUCUGCAAAGAAGUCUAUGACAUCACACAAAGUGACCAACGCGUUGGAAAGAUCUUUUCCAAGUCAUCAUCUUUUACAGACUAUGUCAGGAAGUCUCUAAAAAAAUUUGGCCAAGAUGACUCAAAGCUUUCAGAUAAAGAAAUAAUGGGAUACUAUCAAAAGUAUGACCUGAGACGAAAUGAGUUGGAAGCGUUCAACAGGCUCAAAGUUUUUCUGGCUCCUUGUAUCGAGGCCUUGAUCCUCCUGGACCGCCUCAGCUAUCUGCGAGAACAGGAGAACACAGUUUGGUCUGGCGUGGUGAAAUUGUUUGACCCUGUGAAAUCUCCACGAUGCUAUGCAGUGGUUUCAUUGAAGCAGCCAUGAAGAAUUAUUGCACGCCAUGUCGUAUGAAUAGGAUAAUGGUAUACAAUGAAAUUGCAAUAUCCAUGAGAUACAGAUUUCAUAUAUAAAAACAUGUGCUGCAGUCAGCAUCUAAAUACCUGCCCUAGCACAUCUUGGAUAUGGUCUCACAGCAGUGUUACAUUCAUUACUGUGGUGACAUCCAGUAGUGUCUGGUGGCCAUAACACUGUAAGCACAUGUGCUUUUGAGAAAUCCAAAGAAGGGCUCAUUAAUAUAUGUUAAAUAUAAAAGUUUUUAGUAUGAAAAUAUUUUGUGUACUUUUCUUAAAGGAGUCAUCCAGUGUAAAUGAAAACCUCCCUAAUGCCCCUGAACAUGUUAAAUUAAUAAAAUAACAUAUACUUACCAAUUUAUACACUGCUUAUGUUCCAGUCCUCUCCUCUCUUUUGUGUUUACAGGCUGCAUAUGGCAAAUGACUGCUGCAGCCAAUCACUGUCCUCAGCAGUAUAGGGCACAAGACCGCUGAGGUCAGUGAUUGGCUUCAGCAGUCACAUGCCAUUUGCAGCUACUGUAAGACACUACUGAAGCCUGUAGACACAGACUAGAGGUGCAUACCAGAGCAGCAGCACUGGAAACUGCAGGGGAUUAACUGGUGAGUAUAUUUUAUUUUAUUAUUUUAACACAUUUAGAAGCACUGGGGAGGUUUUUAGUCCAGAAAAAGUUUGAAUGCAUUUUUAAUUUGCAGACCCUAAUGUAUUUUGAGACAUUUAUGUUUUAGAUGUGUUUGAUUAUAAAUAUUUUAUAUCUCUGGGUAUCAUUGUCUUUCGUUGUAUCUGUGCUUCAGUGGACUUUUUUAGAUUUUAGAAAGGCAUAUUCUGGACUUUUAGCCUGUUUAUAAGAUCGAUAAGAUUUGAAUAAUAAAGAUCAUUUGAUAACA